AUGCAGGCGAAAGGGGCUCUACAGAUGAUUGGACAGUCUUCGAGGAUUCAAUGUCGACCAGACGGCUCAUUUGAAGAAGUGCAGUGUGACGCUGAGUAUUGUUGGUGUGUGAAUCAGUUUGGCGUCGAGAUGGAAGGAACAAGGACAUCGGAUGAUAUUGCUCCAAACUGUCGAGCUCCACGCAAAUGUUCGGUUCCACUUUGUACGCAUGACAUUUCAUGCAAAUAUGGGAUGAGAAAGGAUUCGAAUGGUUGUGACACAUGUGAAUGUAGCAGUCCUUGCGAUGGGGUUGUCUGUCCAGAUGACUCAAUUUGCGUGCCAGCUCCUGUCGAGUGCAUCGCCGGACCCUGCCCUGAGGUCCCUCGAUGUGUGGUAAAUCCUUGCCGAGGUGGUGCUCCCUUAACUCAUCCCUCAACGGCUCAACAUAUCAAAUGUUCUGACAACGCGUGCCAUGAAAAGCUAUCAUUUCAAAACUUUAAGGAUCGCAUCGUCCUGCUUAUUGUAGCCAAUAUAAAAACGAUGGUGGAAUAUGCUGCCCGGGGCAAGAUGGUCAUCUGUUUGACUAUCUUAACUCUUGUGGAAGCUGUCUAUCUAGAAGUUUCUGAUUCAGAUCGAAAGAAUCUGAAUGUUCCGUGGACGCCGAUUGUCCUUCGCUGA